AUGCUUUCCCCGGGUGGGCGUGGCCAUCCCUGCCCCGCCCCCGCCGGGACCACCAGUCAACGAGGGCCGAGGGGGCGGUGCCGCGGCCGAGAGGCGGAGUCACGGAUCCCGCGGGGGUGGAGCCAGCCGUCCCCGGGAGACGGCCGCGAAGCUAAUUUUGCUGCACGUGGGAGUCUCCGUUAUUUUCCAGCAUCUGAGCUCGGCGCGAUGAGAGAGCGGCUCCAGCGGCCGAGAGGGGGCCCGGGGACGCACGCCUCUGCCGAGUGGGGAGGGGCCGGCCGCGCGCGCCACUUCCCACCUCGCCGGGAACGGCGCCCGCGCGGGGCGGUCAGCAGGCGGGGCCGCGGCGCUGCGCCUGCGCGGCGGGAAGCCUCGGGGGAUGUCCUUUCUCCCGAGCUCCCCCCGCGCCUCGGGGCGCCCAGGCGGGCGCCCACGUGGCCCCAGGGGCUGCGAGACCCAGCGCUGGACUCACCGCUGCCUCUGGUACUGAACAUUGGUAAAAAACUGUAUGAGGGUAAAACAAAAGAAGUCUAUGAAUUGUUAGAUAGUCCAGGAAAAGUCCUCCUGCAGUCCAAGGACCAGAUUACAGCAGGAAAUGCAGCUAGAAGGAAUCACCUGGAAGGAAAAGCUGCAAUCUCAAAUAAAAUCACCAGCUGGAUCUUUCAGUUGUUGCAGGAAGCAGGCAUCAAAACUGCUUUCACCAGAAAAUGUGGGGAAACAGCUUUUAUUGCACCCCAAUGUGAAAUGAUUCCAAUUGAAUGGGUUUGUCGAAGAAUAGCAACUGGUUCUUUUCUCAAAAGAAAUCCUGGUGUCAAGGAAGGAUAUAAGUUUUACCCACCUAAAGUGGAGAUGUUUUUCAAGGAUGAUGCCAAUAAUGACCCACAGUGGUCGGAGGAGCAGCUCAUUGCUGCAAAAUUCUGUUUUGCUGGACUUGAUAUAGGCCAAACCGAAGUGGAUAUCAUGAGUCAUGCUACACAGGCUAUUUUUGAAAUACUGGAGAAAUCCUGGUUGCCCCAGAACUGUACACUGGUUGACAUGAAGAUUGAAUUCGGUGUUGAUGUAACCACCAAAGAAAUUGUUCUUGCUGAUGUGAUUGAUAAUGAUUCCUGGAGACUCUGGCCAUCAGGAGAUCGAAGCCAACAGAAAGACAAACAGUCUUACCGGGAUCUCAAAGAAGUAACCCCUGAAGGGCUGCAGAUGGUAAAGAAAAACUUUGAGUGGGUUGCAGAGAGAGUAGAGUUGCUUUUGAAAUCAGAAAGCCAGUGCAGGGUUGUGGUACUGAUGGGCUCUACUUCUGAUCUCAGUCACUGUGAAAAAAUCAAAAAGGCCUGUGGAAAUUUUGGCAUUCCGUGUGAACUACGGGUAACAUCUGCCCACAAAGGACCAGAUGAAACUCUGAGGAUUAAAGCUGAGUAUGAAGGGGAUGGCAUUCCUACUGUGUUUGUGGCAGUGGCGGGCAGAAGCAAUGGUUUGGGACCAGUGAUGUCUGGGAACACUGCAUAUCCAGUUAUCAGCUGUCCCCCUAUUACACCAGACUGGGGAGCUCAGGAUGUGUGGUCCUCUCUUCGACUACCCAGUGGUCUUGGCUGUUCAACUAUACUUUCUCCAGAAGGAUCAGCUCAGUUUGCUGCCCAGAUAUUUGGAUUAAACAACCAUUUGAUAUGGGGCAAACUGCGAGCAAGCAUUUUGAACACAUGGAUUUCCUUGAAGCAAGCUGACAAAAAAAUCAGACAAAGUAAUUUAUAAGAAAGAACAUCAUUGCAUUUUUUAGGGGAAAAAAACUACAAAAAAUUUCUAGUUUAGCUGCAGGGAAAAAAUCAAGCCAGAUGAAAAGAUGAUUUUAGAUCUGAGAAAAAUAAAAUGUAUUAGUGAAUAAAUGCUUUUCUGAAUUCA